CGGCGCCCGGCGUGUGUGUGCGUGUGGAAACCCCCCUCCACCGCGCCUUCCCGGCCGAGCUGCCAGCAGCGGGGGAGGCAGCUGUGCGGCGCAGGGCGAGGGAGGGGACAGAGGGGCAGGAGGAAGCAAGGCGGCGAGGGAGGGAGGGCGGAGACGGGGCCAGCCCGAGGAAAUCAAACGGCCCCGGCAUGAAUUAGGCGACAGGCUGCAGAGAGGGGAGGGCCCCCCUCCCCCUCCCCCUUCCCUUCCCUUCCCCGCACGGCGGCCGGCGGGAGCAGCGCCGCCCCGCACGGAGCCGGCUGCUCCGGGCGCGCCACACGCACAGGCGCGGCGCAGACGGGCGGGGGCGGGCGGGCCGGCCGGGGUGGGGGGGCCCGGCAGAUGAAGAUGGCAAUGUCUGUAAUCCAAGCGUGCCGCAGCCUGGCUCUCUCAACAUGGCUGCUGUCCUUUUGUUUCGUGCAUCUGCUGUGCCUGGACUUCACCGUGGCCGAGAAGGAGGAGUGGUACACGGCCUUCGUCAACAUCACCUACGCCGACCCGGCGGCCGGCAGUGCCGAGCUCCGCAGCGAGAAGAGCGAGUGCGGGCGCUACGGCGAGCAGUCGCCCAAGCAGGACGCCCGCGGGCAGGUGGCCCUCUCUGUCUCGCCCACAGACCGCUAUGCCUGCGACCCCAGCACCCGCUUCAACGCCCCGGCGCCAGGCAAGAGCUGGGUGGCCCUUAUCCCGCGGGGCAACUGCACCUACAAGGACAAGAUCCGCCACGCCGCUGCCCAGAACGCCUCUGCUGUGGUCAUCUACAACGUGGGCUCCAGCAACGCCAAUGAGACCAUCACCAUGCCCCACGCAGGUCUAGAAGAUGUUGUAGCAAUAAUGAUUCCUGAACCCAAAGGAAAAGAGAUAGUGAGCCUCCUGGAGAGGAACAUUACUGUGAUGAUGUACAUAACCAUCGGGACACGCAACUUGCAGAAGUAUGUCAGCCGGACCUCUGUGGUGUUUGUCUCUAUCUCCUUCAUUGUGCUGAUGAUCAUCUCGCUGGCAUGGCUGGUCUUCUAUUACAUCCAGCGAUUCCGCUACGCAAAUGCCAGAGACAGGAAUCAGCGCCGACUUGGAGAUGCUGCAAAGAAAGCAAUCAGCAAGCUGCAAGUCAGAACAAUCAGGAAAGGUGAUAAGGAAACUGAGCCAGACUUUGAUAACUGUGCUGUUUGUAUUGAAGGCUACAAGCCCAAUGACGUUGUCAGAAUCCUGCCUUGCAGGCAUCUUUUUCACAAGUCUUGUGUAGACCCCUGGCUGCUAGAUCAUCGUACCUGCCCAAUGUGUAAAAUGAAUAUUCUAAAAGCUCUGGGGAUCCCGCCAAAUGCAGAUUGCAUGGAUGAUAUACCUCCAGACUUGGAAGCAUCCAUAGGAGGACCACCAACCAACCAGAUAACGGGAGCCAGUGAUAUCACGGUGAAUGAGAGCUCGGUAGCCCUGGAUCCCCCGGUGCGGACUGUGGGAGUUCUACAAGUCAUCCAAGAUGUAGACUCCUUUCCCCAGGCUGGGGAGGGUAACUUCACAACAAGCAAUGAACAGGAGCCAGCAGUCAGCAGUGAUUCAGAUAUUUCAUUGAUUAUGGCAAUGGAGGUUGGACUGUCCGAUGUGGAGCUUUCCACUGAUCAAGACUGUGAAGAGGUGAAGUCUUGAAAUACAAACAGAGAUCUGACACUAAACUACGGGGUGGGUCAAAGGGAGGGACUGAAUCAGCUUUCUAGGAUUUGGACCAGUCAUGCACACGCCUCCAGAGCACUGUCACCCCUGCACACUCCAUUCUGGGAUGGUCACGAAAAGCAAUAGCAACAGUUGUGUCUGCCUGGAUGCGGUUUCAUCAUCUGCAUACGUUCAUUUUGUUCACAUGAGAGUUGGAUGCUUCCAGGUAACCCACGUGCUUGAGAGCAGUCAUGUAACUCUUCAGUGGCUCAUAAAUACGCAACUGAAAUGACAGCUUGAGUGUUUUCUACACUUGUUCAAUCGGAUUUUUGUUUCCUUUUUUUUUUUUUUUUUGAGAAUAUAUGUGUUUGUUAUGUUUGUUUGUUUGUUUGUUUAUAAUUUGUUAUGGAUGGACACUGUUUUUGUUGACUGACCCCAGCUUUUUCAAGAGUUCAAUCCAGAAAUCUGAAUUCUCAUUCACUGGUCACUUCAUGAUCUGACUCCAGGAUUUAUCAUUGCCUUGUUGUUUCUCCAUGAAGUACACAUGGCUUCAGAAGGACAGCACCCUGCAUUAAUGUGAAGCCUGCUUUAAUUAAGUGGAAGCCUUGGAAAUGGUGGGCCUUUGUUUGUAAGAGAGCUCUGAAUUAAGAGAUUGCUAAGAUUUGGGUUAAAACUGUGUUACGUUGGAUUUUACUUAGAGCUCUGUUCUAGCCAAGUAUUGUACAGUGUGAAGGAGAGAAAGAAAACCUUAAAGCUUCACUCCGUCCUUGUAGUCCUUUGCUGUAUUUUUUGCUCUUAGCAGUUGCCAGUGCAUUAACAGCCUUCCUUAAAGUCACAAUUCAGUAGCUGGAAAAGAAGAUCUAGUAUAACAUCAUGUCUUUCUUAAUUUUACAGAACAAAAUCUGACCAGAAGGCUAAAGGAGUGUCUCAGAGGUUUCCAGAGGCUGCUUGUUAACAGCUGUGCAUUACAAGGGUUCCAGGAAUGUUCUCAGAAAGGGUUUGGAGAUGUUGCUGUCAGUGUCAGAAAUUGCUAAUGAAGCAGGAGGCAGCUGGUUAAAAUGUUUACUUCAUCUUUUGUUUUGGUUUUGUUCUUAGUGUGUUUCACUUAUUUUUUGGUGACAGUUUUUGCCUCCUUGUCAAACACAAGAGUUCAGGUGGUUUAACAUUGUGGCAAGCAUAAUGGAAUACUUGCAAUUUGUAUAUAAAGAGAUCUACCAAAAUAUUUGGGGCAGGAAGAUUUGGAAAUAAACACAAGUAACAUAAAUCAAAACACCUAAAUAAUAAUGACCUGUGAUUAUUAUUUAGUUUAUCCUGAACUGUGCUUUCCAGAGAACAGCUUAUCAUUACUUGUUCAUCUUAAGAUUUCAUUUUUCAGUCGACAUACUCAACUGUGAAGAAGCAUUUUUAGCUUACUGUUAUACAAGAGUAAAUGGUUUCUGUUGACAGUCAGAUGAUUUGAAUUACAUUACUGCAUCCUGAGUAAGUCCAUAGACUCAAAAACUCGCAUUGAAAUUUCACAGAGAGGUCGAACAUUUGGACUUGAUGGUGUCACAGCAGCAUCUCAAAAUGCGACUAUUAGGGUUCUUGCUGCAUUUAAUCUCUUUGUGGAUUUACUUGUUAGCUGUGGAAACCAAGUGCCAGCCAAAAUUCGGUUUGUCAGGUCUUAUUUGGAAACAAAUAAGUUUAGAAUUAUCCCUAAACUUUUGGGCAACUUGCUGGUUAAAUACAGGAAGAAAGAAAAAUUGUACUCCAUUCUUUUCAGUUCAGUUAGAACUUGAUUCAGUUUAUAGCUGAAUUCUUUUUAUGCAGGGUAACUUUGAGGCAAAGGAUCCUAGCCUAAUAAUCCUUCAAAACCAUGAUCUGGAAAUGCACCGUUACAUUUUACAAGCCAUUCAAAAGGACGUCUUCUUUUAAUUAACGAGAUGCAGGCAGCUGGAAACCUGCUUGUUUUAAAAAGAAAGUUAGAAAUCUUUCCAGAGGGUGCAGCUAGGUCAGUCUUGCUAAUAUUGAUGGUUCUGUAAUUGUAUUUUCCUUGUUCUUUAUGUCUUCUCUAUUCCUUACUGCUAUGGGAAAGGCCCACAGUGUCAAGAGAAGCAAUGCUGAAAUUCAGCCCCACACAAGAGACUUUGCACAAGGCAUCACAUCAGUUCCUCUUUGGCUCUGGAAAUAAUGCUGAAAUGGGAUUUAAGUGGUGAUUACACCAGAUACUGGCCCUUCGCACAGGAAUGAAAUUUCAUCUCAAGCGACCGCAGGGGAAAGAGUAAAGCUGGUUAUACACAGUCAGGUGUCCCUAUGGAAAGUACACACACGGGAACAGUUUCUUCUCUAGCACUGGAGCCCAGGUGCUACAUGUCACAGGAACAUCAUGAUCAUGAUGUCUGAGUUGUCAGUGAUCCUUUAACAUCUGCCCAGCACACAGACAAAAAAAACCCAACCAAACAAAAAAACAGCUCCUGGCUGAACAGUUUGGUUUUCAGAAGAGCAGUCAUGAAGUCUUCAUUUUAUUUCACAAACUUAAUUAAGUUAAUCUCAAUGGAUAGAUUGACCAAUUAUCUGUUGCCAUAGCAGAGCCACCCACAGCACAGCAGAGCAAGGGAGGUCUGUGGAAAAGCAAAGCAGGAGGUGGGACUCCCAGCUGGGUCUGAACUGGGUAUUUUGCCCAGAAAAGUCUUUAAAGGGAGCUGUGCUUAAAGCAGCAUCACAUGGGUGGUAACUGAGACCCUGCCCAUAUUACUGGGAGCUGGGGAAGGAUUUUGGAGAGGGAUCACACUGUGCAUGCUCUUUUCCGAAGUAUCCCAUAGCAGAUGUGGUCCCUCGGGGUCUACAGCUGGCCACUGGGGGAGCCAGGGUGCUAGGCUGGGUGAAACUUGUUUUUUUUAAUAUCACCAUAUUGUGGUCUUUCAAAAGAGGCAUCCUAGCAAAUCUGGAUCAGGAGUCUUUCUGCUUUUGUUUUCCCAAUGCUACCUGCGGUUUCACUCAGGAAAUAUGUUUUUCCCUGUCCUCAGGUUUUCUACAGCCCUGAGCACUGUUAAGCGAUAACGAGCGCAAAGCUAGGUUACACAUCACUGAAGCCAGAACUUGGGAAAGCACUUCUGUCCUUCUUCAGAAAAGCACUUUUAACUAGUUUUGGACUUGUAGCAAAAUCAUGUUAUUUUCAACAGGUCUUCUAUGAGCAUAAUUAAACUGCUGUGUCAAAUGGAAAAGUUCUCCUAAAUCAGGACCUGGCUGACAAUAUUCCUUAUACAUAUAACCGAUGAAAUGCCUUUGGAAUUUGAGUUGCUUCUUAAAUAUUAAGACCCCCAGAGGCAUGUUUGUAACACAUAUGAAAGCCUUAAUUCUGCAGAUCUGCAUGCCCGUGCACAAUUUUGCUUACGUGAGUCUCUCCACUGAGAUUCCUCACAGGGUAAAAUUAAACCUCCUGAUUUGCAGCUUUGGGCAAAAUUAGUCCCAUCCUGAGUAUUGUGCGAUUCCUCAGUACUGCUGCACGCUAAGCUUGGGCUCCAACAUUAAAUAUGUGGGAUUCAGAUGGCAGGGACACAGCACUGCCUGUUCGGAAGGGAAAGCAGCCUUUAGCAUGCAGCCAGGGGAAAAAUAUAUAUAUAUAUAUAUAAAUAUAAAUAUAUAUUUAUUAAAAAAAGGGAAUCCUCUGGUGCCCUCUGAUGAACAAAUGCUCAUGUGCUCAUGCACAGAAUUCUGCAGGUUCAUGCCGUGACUGCCCACCCUCGGUGCGGUGGCUUUGCUGCAGCUCCGGCUCUCUGAGAAAGGAUCUCUUGUCACGCAGCUGCUCCUGUGUCUCUCCAGGCUCUUUCAGUUCUGUCAGCUGAGACUCUUUUCUUUUCCAUCAGCGAGUAGUAGGUGGGAGAAGCAUUCGCCCUGGGGAGGCUCAUCUUCACUCAGGCUGGCUUGCAGGAUGAAACUUGGACAGACAGAGCCUGUGCUCUGAGUUUCCUUUGACUUUCACGGGUUUUACUAAAUUGCCUUCCCAAGGGUCUCUUCAAGAGUUAGGACACAUAAAAAAUUACAUGGGUUUGAAUUCUGCACUCACAAAUGACCUAAUGUGCACGUGCAGACGCGCUAGACACCGGCUCUGCAUCUCUUCCCCAUGGCUCACUCGUUCUGAUGGGGAUACGUAUCUGGCACUUGCUGAGGGUUUGAGUUUUUUUUAUUUUCUCACUGCUUUAGAGCCUCAAAACUAGGGUCAGGACAAUCACAGCACUACAGUUUGUUCUGUAAGCAUUCUAUAGAACUAAAUUGCCAUGUGUGCAUAUAAAAGUAUAUUGAUAUGACUAUAGAAACUGUAUUGUAGUAAAACCAGAGGCAGCUGCCAUUAUUAGAUUUUUUUUUUUUCAAUGAGGGAGAUUGUGGCACUGAAGAAAAUGGCUUUAUAGAGGCAAUUUGAAAAAAAUUAUUGAAAUAAUAUAUGGUAAGAGUUCUCUCAGAUCUCACUGCUCUAACGACCCCUGGAUCAGAUCAGAGGAAGUCAUUACAAGAAGGUCAGUACUUUGUCUCUUAUUGAAUGACAUGUUUAUAUGUUCUCAUUUUGUUAACAAAAUGAACCCAAACACCAGAGACAGAUCCAGCUUGGAAUUUAAUCUUUCUCAAAGAAUAUGCAUUUUGUGAUCCAAAGUUUUUUGUUGUCAAACCUGCUAACCUACACUCCUUUCUUCCUUGCUAAAUAAAAAGAAAUGCUUCUUCAAUUUGAAAAAUGUCUAGCUCAGAAGACCUUUGCAUAUGGAUGGGUUGCCCUGGCAGGUAUCUGAAGAUCACUUAACACAUCUGUGUACUUUUAGGCAUCAAUUUAACAUCAGAUUUUCCAUAAAUUGUGUUUUAUUUGCCAUUCUUGUUAAACCUGGAGUGCGGUCAUUGUAUAGAUUUUCCAGAGUUUUGCCUUACAAAUUUUCUCCUUUGAAUAUAUGCCACAGCCCUUUGAACAUAUUCUCUAAUUAAAAGGCAAAGAUCACGGUACAAGUCUUUCUGGACUGCAAGUCCUUGUUGUGACAAUUGGCCUGUACUCAAAUAAGGAUACGGAUUGUGCCUAAGAGCGGGAAACGCCUUUCAGCCCAGGCAGCUGGGAAUCUCCCAGGCUUUCUUUAGAAGAGGCUCAUCCCUUUGUGGUCUCUGUCUAUAGAAAAGCUCAUGACUAAGCAUAUAGUUUGAAAUAAGACCAGAAUAGGAAUUUAUUAUUGGAAAACCAAUAGUCAUUUAUUGAUUUCUAUUUUUUAGCAAUAAUGGAUUUAUUUUUUUAACCCAUCAUUCUUGCAGAUCCCUGUUGUAGGGCCAAAGUUACCAGUCUGCUAGGAAUAUGGGACAGGACAAAGUGACGGUAUAAAGAGAAGAGGGAGGGCUUGGUUUGCUGUUGGGAUGCAUCCAUUUUGCAGGACUGAAAUGACAGAGAAAUCCAGCCCAUUCCUUCCCAGCCCCUUUCACAAAUGUUUGCUCUAGUAUGAGCAUUUGCCGCAGGAGAAGGAAAUCAUGGGAUAAAACUAAUGCUGUGCCGCUUCCUCUCUCAUAUUUUGUGCUACCUGUGUCUCUGGUUGCAGGCUGGGCUGCUCUGCUUCUGUACAGGGUGAAAGGAGCCAGCCUGAGCUCAGCUUAACGGCUUAAUGAAAGAUAGGCUCAGGGUUUUCGGCAGAUUCCGGGGAGCCAAGCUUCUUCAUAACCGGUGCUGACUGAGAAUUGCUGCUUCUGAAGAACACUGAGCGUUGACUCAUUUGUUUUAUAGAUGCAAAAUGUGUGAGCGUAUACAGCACAACCAGCGUGACAGAAAUGAAUUGGCUUGGUUAACGCAAGCGGUGAAAAGCAGCAUACUGUAAUAUUUGAGGGGCGCAGGGAAAAGAGGGUGGAGGUGCUGUUUUAGCAGACCUUUUAAAAAGGGACAACUGAUCCAACACAAGCACUUCUUUUAUUUUACCAAGCUGUUACCUGAACGAAUUGAUAGUUUCGCAGCUGAAAGAGGAACGCCAGAUGGACUUUUGAGUCUGGAUUUGUUUGCGUCGCAGAUGGCAGCUGCGGGCUGGGGAGAAGGCUGUCCUGUGCACGCAGCCGCCCCCGCCGCCCUGGAAACCCGCGAGGCUCCCUUCCUCAGCUUUGGCGCUUCUUUUCCAAGGGGAAAAGAAACCUUCUGAGCAUGAGCUGUGUUUCAAAGGGAGAAACAGAGAAGAAAGAUGAAUGAUGUUGUGGAUUUUGAAUGAAAAGCCAAAAGAUGAAUUUUUCAUCUGAAAUUAAUCUUGCCUCUCUCAACUAUUUUAAUUGUGAAUUGGUGGAAGUUAUUUCUUUCUGGAGUGAAUGCAAAAAAAAAAAAAAAAAGAGAGAGAGAAACAAAAGAAAGAAAUAGCAUUUUCCCUUUUUUGUUUAUUUCCUGAUUCUUCAGUCCUGUGUAGCGUUAAAAAUAAUAGCAAGAUCAAGAUGCUUGUUUGCUCUGAAUGUAUACAGUUAUUUCAGAUGUCAAAUAUCUAAAUGUUUUUGUAUGUGUACAUAAUACCAUCUUCACUUCUUGUUUCAUGUUAGGAACCUGAAAUGACUGUACCAUUUUAUAAUUAGAAAUGUAAAGAGGGGAUGGUAGGAGGGUCUGUUAUUUUUAUAGCAAGAUGUUCCUUGUAUUUAGUGAACAUUUAAAAUGGUUUUGUACUUGUCAAAAUAUACAUUCCAUCCAUUUCCAGAAGAGAAUUAUUUUUAUUUAGAGUAGUUUAUAAGCAAACCAAAAAAAUGUGGCAUCCCGUUUGUACGCGGUUCCUGAACAGAGCAAAGUAUCCUGGUUUCCAUUGAUGGCUCCAAAGCUUUUUCCAGCCGUGUCUCUUCUCACACACUGCAGAGCCCUACCAGCAAAUGCCACUGUUAAAAAGGGAAGAAAAAUCCCCAGCAAAAUAACUACCAUAUGGAUCAGCGCACAGCUUACCGAAAUAGCUGCCAGUUAGGAGACAAUGGUCUGUCCCAGUGAAACUCUCCAAGGUAAUCAGUCCUGCUGUGGAUUUACUGGGAGGUCCUCAGCCCUGCCCCUGCCAGCCCUGGCAAGCUGGCGGUGACAGGGUUGUCACGCGAGCUCACACUCACACAUUGAGUCUCUGGUUGCGCUGCGGGUCCCUCAGGAUGGGGACAGAUUUUUGACUGAAGCUGUGUUGCUGGUACGGCACUCGCUUUCGGCAGGCUCACCACGCUGUGUUUCUAUUGACUGUGGAAAUAACCCUUCAUCUCCACGUGGAAGAAAAGUUCCUUUCUCCAGACAGCUACGCUUUGGUUUGUGAAACACCCAGUGAAAGACCACGACAAAAUCACGCAGUGGCAUUUGCGUAGGUGGUUCUUUUUCAUGUCGUUAGCUUUUGGGUUUUUUUCCCCUGCUACCUGUGACUUGCUGCCAAAACCGUGCAGUAGCAGUUUGUGAAGCGAGCCUUUUUUCUAGCAUUACUUUCUGUACAGUAUUGCAAAUAUACUUUAACUCUUUGCUGAUAUUUUAUAAUGUAUACAUCUUCCCUUCCAAUGCACUUUAUCUCUCUUGAAAAAUGUGGGAGUCGAAGAACUACCAUCUUAAAGGGAUUUGCCUGAAAUCAUGAGGCACACACUUUUUUUUUUUCCUUCUUGCUUUGUUAUAUACUGUAAAUGCUAAACAGCAUGGACAGUGACUCAGCUGGGGGAAGUACCGAAAUGUUGAGGCUAAUAUUUGGAAGCAUUAUUCAGUAGUACAACAUGGCUAUUUUUGUUAUAUAGAGGAUUAUAAUGUAAAUAAGUGAGACUGUGUUAUUAUGUACUAGUAAAAUAUUGCAACUCUCAAAGUUAAGAUGGUGAAUUCCAAGGAAUUUUAUUGCAAGUUUUUUAAUAAAACAAAUCUGAUUACUGUGUCA